GGGCCUCCGCGCUGCACCCGAGUGCCGGGGCCGGGCGGCCCCGCUGCGGACGAGUGAGCGGCGGCAGCGCGGGGAAGGAAGAAGCAGCGCGGCCCCUCAGGCUGCCUGCGGGAGAACCGGCAGCGCUUCUUUGAAUGCAAUGACUCAGCAGCUACAGGAUGAAUUUGACAGUAGUGUGGAGAAUGCAGAAGCAUGGAUGAAGGCCAUCCAAGAGAGGCUGAGGAUCAAUGACAACACCAAGGGACCUCGAUCUGCCCUAGAAGCCAGACUGAGAGAAACUGAGAAAAUACGUGCACUGGAACCAGAAGGCAGCUUGAAAAUGGACUUGAUUCUCGUGAAGGCAGAUGCUGCUCUUCACAGCAUUGGUGAGGAUAAGAAGCAUGAGGUACUAUCUAAACUGAAAGACAUUAAAGCCUUGUGGGAAGAGACAGCCAUAUACAUUACUCACUGUCACAGCCGUAUUGAGUGGGUCUGGCUGCAGUGGAGUGAGUACCUGAAAGUCCAAGAUGAGUUUUACACAUGGAUUCACAACAUGAGGGUGACCUUGGAGCCUGACAUCGAGUUGCAGCUUGGCUUAAAAGAGAAGCAAUGGCAACUGCACCAUGCUCAGGUUCUGCUGAAUGAUGUCUUAAAUCACUCAGGCCUUCUGGAAAGACUGCUAGAGGAAGCUGAUUCCUUGUGCAGCAGGAUAGGUGACCCCAGCGUUGAUGAGGAUGUUCAGAAGAAAAUGAGGAUGGAAUAUGAAGGAAUCAGGGACGAAGCUAAGAGGAGAGUGGAACUGCUUGAAAAGAUAACCAAGGAACAUGAGCGUUACAGCACAAAUGUCAACCGUUUUCAAUCGUGGCUGAGCGAUGUGAUAGAAAGAUUCAACUGCUGCUGCACUGGAGAAACAACCAAGUCUUCAGCAGAGGACAAGUUAAAAGCACUGAAGGAAAUUGCCAAAAACGUUAGAAGUGGUGGAAAGAAAUGGAAGCACCUUGAAAAUCAGUGUGCAGAGGUGAUUCAGAAUACGUCUCCACUUGGAGCAGAAAGAAUGAAAGAUGAACUGGAAGAGCUAAGAAAAGCCUUGGAGAAGUUGAGUCUUCUGACUAGUGAGGAGGAGGAGAGAUUGCUCAAGAUCCAACAGCUGCAAAGUGCCUAUGAGUCCCAAGCCAGACAAUUAGAAGCAAACAUCCAGGAGUUGAGAAAAAAUCUGCAGAGACUAGAAAAUGACCUGGAUCCUGGUGAGGAGGAAAAGACUGAAGAUGAGUUUGUAACUCUGUGGAGAAAAUGCAAUGCAACAAGAACAGCUCUGGCUGCAGAAGAGCCCAAGGUUGAGAGGCUGAAGACUCAGCUUAAGGAACUGCUACGGUUUCCCCAAGACAUGCAUCUACACACUGAGAGUGUUGUUUCUGCAAUACAGCAGUAUCAAAGUGUUAGAGGCAAGAUAUCUAAAAUGAGCACUGAUACAGAAAGCCAGCUGAGAAGACUCUUCCAAAAUCCCCUGCAACAUUUUGAACAGUGGAAACCGACAGUCCAGAUGCUCCUGGCGACUCCGGAGCCAGACCUUGCUCACAUUGAGGCUGCUCUAGCUGAAAGCUCCCAGUUCAAAGAGAAGUUGAUGACAUUACAGCUGAAGAAAGAUUUACUAAAUGAUGUCUUUGGUGAGGAAAAAGCCAAGUCUUUUUUGCAAGAAGUAGCUGAAGCUUCAAAGGAGAGAGAAAUUCUACACAAAAGCCUGCUGCAAAGCAAGAGCAAACUUCAGAAUUUGAUAUCACAACAUAAGGACUUUGAUGCUGGUUUUGCACCUUUGCAGAAGAAAUUAUCUGCCAUCAAAGCCAAAUUAGACCUAGAGAAGGAACCAAGGCCUGACCUCUUGGGUAAAAAGACACAGCUCCAGAGACUCCAGAUGAUCCAAGAUGAGUUGACAGAGCUUGUGAUUCAAAUGGAGGAGGUAGAGAAGCUUGUUCAGUCAAAUACUGCACACAGGCAUGAAAUGAACCAAUUUUCAUCUGACUUGCAAGCCCUGAGGAGAUCACUGGAGAUAAUGAUACAGCAGAGUGAAGACCAGGUUCAGAAGCAUUGGGUAUAUAAUGACAAACUGUCUGACCUCCAGCAAUGGAUCACAGUAACCAUGGAGAAGAUUGAGUCCUGCCAGAGUGCAGAGGGAGAGCAGAACACAGAGGGCAGGGCAGCAGAUCUUGAGAGAUGGCUAGCUGACUUUCCAGAUAAGGAGAUCCAUCUGCACCUUGUGGAAGCUCAUGGCCAGCUGGUCAUGGAGAACUCUUCCCCAGAGGAGACUGCUCAUGUCCAGAAAGAGCUGGAUCAGCUGAGGGAGUCAUGGAGAACACUGAAGGGGAUGGCAACUGGUCUUCUCAAAAAGUGGCAGUUUAAUAGACCAGUGGCUGAUAAGAAGUUAGCACUUGUGGACAACAGAUGGAUGUCUGGACCUGCCUUCCAUCAUUUGGAUGUAGAUCCCAACCACAAGCAGGAGAAGACAGGAGAGGGGCAAAAUGCGAGGAGCCGCUCAAAGCUCAUACGUGACUUUGAGGAGUGGUUACAAGGAGAAAACAGCAAACUGACUGAAAUUCUUGCUAUGACUUCAUCUUCCACAGAGGAAAUUAAGGCACACCAGAAUGAACUGGAGAAACUGCAGUCUCGUGUGCCUGGUGGUCAGCAUCUCUUUGAGGACCUUCUUCAUCUUCAUCCUGUUAUUGGAAACUCUGAAGAACUAGAAGACCUGCGUUACCGAUGGAUGCUCUACAAAUCCAAACUGAAAGAGUCCAUGAGUUCACUGAGUCCUGGAUCUUUGGAAAAACCAGACAGAUUCAAAAAGAAGCGCUCCGGAGGUGUGUGCUCGUUCCUGCAGCGAGUGUUCUGGGCAGCACUACCAUUGCAACUACUCCUCUUGCUCCUCCUGCUCCUGGCCUUCCUCCUUCCCCUGGCAGAGGAGACCCAUAGCUGCACGCUGGCCAACAACUUUGCUCGGUCCUUCAAACUGAUGCUGAGAUACGAGGGCCCACCUCCAACGUAACUUCUUGGCGUGGCAUGAGGUGACUCUCAGAAAUGAAGACUGUUUUUAACAAUUGCAAGCAUUGUAGGUUUUAUGGUUUCUAACAAGGCCAUUGUAUCAAACACAUAGAUCACACAAAUGCAACCUAAGUUUAGUCCACUUUCAUCAUGUAUCUGAGCAAAAUUCAUAUUUUUACAAUAUUUUAUCAUGUUCAUAAUGUGUAUAUAGAGAUUGUUUAAUGUGUAUGUAUGUACAUAUAUAUAUAAAAAAAAGCAUAUCUGUGGUCAAACCAUCCACUAUCCACUCAUCUACUGUUCAAGGACAAUCCUCCAAGGCUUCUGUUCCUACUAUCUUUCAGCAAAGAAUGCUUUCAGCAAGGAAUGAUGGCUUUGUUGUGGGGUUUUUUGGGAUGAUCUUUAAAAUCAUAUUUUUGUUUACAAUUGAAAUCAGAGCAAGUAUGAGAAGUUGUGAGUGUGUACCAAAGUGCAAAUUGGAGAACAAGUAGAAUGUUUGAAUACAGUGGUUGACAUUCAGCCCAAAGAAAAUUGGUAUACUAUUACUAUUGGAAUUACUAUUUGAAAUCUUGAGCUUUUUUUUUCAGUAUCUGGAUGAAGAGAUUGCAGAAGGUAAUGGAAAUAUUUCUACUGACUUCAGUAAGAGUGAGAGUGCGCCUCUUUCUCUCAGUUUUUACCAGAUUUCGUUUCCAAUUGCUGUGUUCUCCAGCCCACCUGAGUCAAGAGAAGUAGAAUCCAGUAGAAAAAAGCUGAGAAGAAAAUAAAUUUAAAAUCAGUUCAUAAUUUUUUGAACAAAUUUGUGAGCAUAGAACAAAACUUUGCAUCGGUGAUCUUGUCUAUAAAAAACAGUGGAGUUCAGGGGAGUUGUUUGUGAGGUUUUGUGGUAUGGUUUGAUUUUUGGUUGUUUUUAUUAUUAUUAUUUUAUAAAGAGGCAUUUGGUAAUGGAUCAUAAAGCCUGGACAGUGAAAUGCAGCCUGGCUCAGAGCCAGCGAAGAAAAAGUGAGAAGUUCUUUCAUAAUACCACCCUGGAAACAAGAUUCUUUCCUAGGAUGCUUUUAUAUUAAUGGUUGUUAAACUGGUGUAAACUGAUUGUAUCAAAGACAGUCAAGCAUAGAUUUCUGUUUAGUCUAAACUCUUCAGAUGAUGAAAACUUGUGAUUUAUUUACCUAAACUUACGCCUGAUUUAUCAAAUUUUUGAAUGUACAUUUUAACAUUGCCAUUUCAUGUAAAAGCAGUUCUCACUUUACUGUGAUGAAACCACUCUUUGUGGUGUUUUACCUAAUUGACUCCUGAGAAAAAAGAUAAUUUCUAAAAUUUUUUGCCAUUUCUCAGUGGUAUCUUUUGUUGUAUAAGGUUUUUAGCAACAGUUGUCACCAUGAAAAAAAAAAGUUAACAGAAGAGACAGUGACUUUUCCCACCCUGGCUAUGUUGCAGGAGAAACUUGUCUUCUGGGUAUCUGUAUCACAGAAUCACAGAAUCUUAAGGGUUGGAAGGGACCUUGAAAGAUCAUCCAGUCCAACGCCCCUGCCAGAGCAGGCCACCUACAGUAGGUCACACAGAAACUCAUCCAGGUGGGUUUUGAAUGUCCCCAGAGAAGGAGACUCCACAACCCCCCCCGGGCAGCCUGUUCCAGUGCUCCCUCACCCUCACAGCAAAGAAAUUCUUCCUUGUAUUUCUUUGGAACCUCUUAUGUUCCAGCUUGCCCCUUGUUCUAUCCCUUCAUCAUCUUUGUGGCCCUGUACUGAACUCUCUCCAGCAGCUCCCUGUCCUUCUUGGACUGAGGGGUCCAGAACUGGACACAAUAUUCCAGAUGUGGUCUUAUGAGGCAAGUGUCAUCCUAGGGUGUAUUAGGAGGGGUAUGGGCCUUCUUGGCCAGGAGGGCACAUUGCUGGCUCAUGCUCAUCCUGCUGCCCACCAGCACCCCCAGGUCCCUUUCCCCUACACUAUUCUCUAAGAGUUCAUUCUCCAACCUGUACUGGUACAUGGGGUUUUUCUUUCCGAGAUGCAAGACUCUACACUUGCCCUUGUUGAAUUUCAUUAGAUUUCUCUCCACCCAACUCUCCAGCCUGUCCAGGUCUCAUUGAAUGGCAGCACAGCCUUCAGGUGUGUCAGCCACUCCCCCCAGUUUAGUAUCAUCAGCAAACUUGCUGACAGUGCCUCUGUUCCCUCAUCAAGGUCAUUAAUGAAUAUAUUGAACAGUACCAGUCCCAGCAGUGACCCCUGAGGGACUUCACUAGAAAUGUGUAGUGUGGUGUAUUCAGUGUUCUUGUCCAAAAACAUUCUAAAAUUAUAUUAAGUCUGUUGUGCAGGUAAAUUAUUUAGUAGCUGAGAGACUAAAGGAGGAAGUCAUCCUUCUUUAACAAAACCAUGAAAGUUUUGCUAAAGAAGCAAACUUGAGUAGAACAGGGAAGCAUAGCAGCAAGGAGCUGGUUACAGACACAGAAUGAGGGACAACAGGCAGAUGUGAAAGAGGACUAGCUAAAGAUAGAGAAGAGAGGUGUCCAACAAUUUAUAAAGCCUAAGAAAAGUCGUGAUGAACAGAGAGGACAAGAAUACAGGCUCUGAGGAAGAAAAAUCUCUUUAUUGUUUUACCUCCCUCUCCCUGCUACAGAAUUGGUACUAUUGCAUCUUAACCAGCUGCUCUUCACUGUGGUUUAAAACAGGGCAAGUAACAGGGGCUCUACCAGUCUAAGGAGACUCUUCCACCACCAGAACUCUGUCACUGUGUUUGUAAUAAUGCUUCCAACUCCAUUUGGUUUGCUACAGUUGAAUAAAGUUGACAAAUUUCAGCUAAAAAAUGAAAAAAAAGGGUGGUGAAGGUAUUCAAGUAGAACACAAGGGGAGUGUGAGGAGCUGAGCUGAUAUGGAUUAAAACCUGACUGUCAGGAGGCAACAGAAGAGCUCUAGAGAGGAGGCAGAGGGAGGCUGAAAGCAGGAAGGUGGAGGAGGGAGGAUGUAUGCUGGGCAAUAAGACAUUCACAUCUAAAUGGGAAGUGGAGGCAGGUAAGGCCUGUAAUUGCUUUAAUGAAGGAGCCAGAUGGAGAGGAGCUGUAAUUCAUCAGAGAAUGAGAUUAAUGAAUUCCUUCCUUGCAAUGGCUCUUUCUGGCAGCAGAGGACGUACCUCUUUCUCUCUGCUGUGAAGCAAGGAGCUAAUUAUCACACACAUCUCCAUUUCAAAUUAAAUACUGCAGUAGAAAAGAAGUGUGGGGAAACGGGGCAGUAACAAAACCUGCUGUAUGUGGUUGUGGGUAAGUGUCUUUGUGCACACAUUUUCUGUGGCGUAACUACAUUGCACUUCUCCGAGUUUUACUGAGCCACUCCAGGUGAUGAAAAUACAGUGCUAGUGAGAAGGUAAAAAUAAUGAGGAAUAAUAUAGCCUCCAGAGAAAGUCAGUAGGGACAUAGACAAGUUUUCUUUUUAUGAAAGCACAAAAUCUCACAUCAGGUUUCGUUCUGCCCAGUCUUUCAGGACUUGUAUGGGUUCACAAAUGCAUUUGACACCACAGCAGUAUGCAACAGGGGGAACUGCCCUGAGCCAUUACAAAUUUAUUGCAUUAAUCUAUCUGUCAGUGGUUGAUAACUCUCAGUUACCAGUUUAUUAAAACUCUAAUAUUGUUGGUAUAGACAUCACCGGUCAUUCAGAAACCAAUCUUAUUUUUGCCAUAUUUAAUUUAUCGAUUGGUUAUACUGGAUUAUAAGCAGAUUAGUCAUAGGUGUUGGGUGGCUGUAAAAUGGAAAUAUUUUAGGCAAAAGGCUUUUUGACUUGCAAAUGUAUGUUUCAGGAUUGUGGGUUCAUUCCACACUUGCUCAAUGGUAAAACAAAACAAACCAAAGAUUCUUGAAUGUAGCAUUUGAAAAAAAAUAUGCAAAGCAGGAUGGAAUAAUCUGUCAUACAGAUGGAUUUUUUAUUAUCUCUUUUCUAUCCAAUUUAAAAUAUGAAUAUGUGUCUACCAGAAGAGAGUUAUCAGUAGAUAUGGAAAGAAAAUGAAGAUCUAUCGGGAAUAUACCAAUUCAAGCCGUAGCCUAAACAGCACCUCAGUUACCUAACCUACUUCAGAAACUGCUGGAUUUUAGCUCACUGUACUUGUGAGCUAACCACCCCCCUCCUAGUAAGGCGUGAGUGAGAUGAAACUGCACAGGUUAAGGUACAACAUCCUAGGUGAAGCAGCAAGGAGACAUUAAGUCUUUGAAAGGCAUCUUGAUGUAUCAAUGCAAGAGAUGAACAUGUAGUUCUGACAUAAUGAGAGCAACCCAGGACUAAAAACAUGGGAGCAAGGGUUUGUUGCUAUGCCAGGAAAAAUUUUGACAGCGGCUGUCCGCACUGUCCAGUUUAACACUGACUGGAAGGAGGCUGCCCUUAGGGUGAUUCACUCCAGCUCAGAUUUGAGCCUUGGGAGUUUUUUUCUUGUUUUCAUUAAAUACAGAAGAAACUGCUAAAUGAACCCCGUCAGUGACAGAUUAAUGGUAGGUGAUAGGCGCUGAUGCUCCAGGAAAAGAUGCAGGAAAUGCUAUUGUAGAUAGAAAGAUUAUCAUGAAGGGUUCUGUUCAGUCCUGAGGAAUUAGAGAUUUGUUAUGAACCUGAAGUAGGAGGUUUUCCAUUACUUUGCAAGUAAAUGCCAGGCAAGUAAUUGCCUUCAGUCUUUCGGAUUUUGGGGGUGAUUCUGUUCAGUGCCUUACUGGAUGCCAAUGGCUUUCUGGAUUCAGAGCCACUUAGGACAUAGAUCUGUUAAUUGUGUGAAAAAGGUGUUCCUGAAUUGUUUUUGAAUCAGAAACCUUUUGUUUGAAGGCUAAUGAGUGUUCAGUUUUUCUUUUUUGGUCCCUUUGUGUUGAAUCCCAGGAAGCAGAAGACCAUCACUACCCUAUCUAGACCAUGCUUUGUCUUUCCUUCUUUUACCAAAGCAGAGAUUUGGCUUUGUCUACUUCCUAAAGUAAAUGAUCCCAGUCUUUUCUGCUGCUUUUCAUGUUACAGUUCUUCCACAUCUUUGAUCAUUCCUUUCACCUUUCUUUUAACUGUUUCUAGCUCUGGUUCUUCCUCCAUACAUAGAGAAGAAAAUGUAGUCCCAUUUCAAUAAACUGAAAUACAAUACAUUUUUUCCCCCGUUGCAGUUCCUCCUGCAGAUGCUCUGCCUGUUUCUACUUCCCUCUGUGUCAAAACAGCCUUUGUCACUAUCUGAGGGGACUCUGGUCCUUCCCAGUCAACUUUUCAAGUCUCCUAGCCAUAUCCUGCCCUCAGUUGCCUUCCAUGUUGGCUCAAAGACUGCCCCUAAUAUUCACAUCUGCAGAAGGGAAUGUGAGGGUGUAGCUUAACAAACAUUCACAAUGAAAGCCUUGCCAUUAGCAUUAUUCAUAGCUUGCCCUGACACUUUUCUCUGCUUCUCUCUGAGCAGAUUUGGCGUGUAAUCCAAUUAUUGCACACAGAAAAUUUCCCCUUGAUCAGUGAGGGGGCUGGUGUUUGAGUUUCAGCUCUGUUACCCUGGCUUUGUCACUGUCCAUGUAAACACUCCUGUGUGCUGCUGGGGCCGGGGCUGAGCGCUCCAGGGUGUGUGCCCUUGUGCUGCCAGGACUCUUUGAAUGUCACUCUUACCCAGCCUAAUAAGCCAGGACCCUUUUUUGUGAGAUUGGGAGAAAAAUAUGAAAAAGAAAAUGAACACUUUUCACAAACUGAUUUCACAACUCAUUUAUCAAAUUGUAUAGCAAAACAUUUAUUUUCACUCCUUUUUGCUCCAUUAAAAGCUGUAUGUUAGAAGGAAGAGGUGAAUUUCAAGAUGCUGGGAACUGAAGGCAGGCUGCAGUGCUGCCCACUCUCACCAGCACCCUGCCAGGAGGCCUCUACCUUGAAUUCAGCAAUAGGAGCUGUUAUUUUUCCUGAAAUGACUCCUGCCUCCAAAAUCAAAUAAUUUCUUUUGUCAAGUCCAAUAAGUGUUGAACACCACAGACUUGGUUUCACUACAGAUAUGAAUGAACACCUCUGUAUGGUACUUUCCAUUGCCAUGACAUACAUACGUGUGUGUGUAUCUAUGUAAUGGGGAGGGUAAUUAUUGUUGUACUUAAAGAUGACAUUCCACUUCAACAUAAUUUUCAAGUGCAUAAUUUUCUGUUAAAAACAGAAACCAUGUCUUAAAGGGAAGCUGAAAGAGCUUAGAGGUAUAUGUGUUAAAAAGCUUUUAAUGAGCUUUAAUAAGCUUUGAGUUAGGGAUUCAAUCUCUAAAGCAAAAAGCACCCAAGAUGAUUUUCCCAUCACCUUCCCAGAUGAGACUCUUAAAGAGUUUAACCUGGGAGUCAGUGCUGGAGCACUGGCUAUUCCUGAUGGUGUUUGUAUGUACUCUGUGUCUGUCCUCAAAUGCCACCUUCCAUUUUGUGCCUGUGCGUGACCGGAAAGCAGAAGCCACACGUUUGUCUUGCUCCAGGAUGACCUAAUGAUCAUUUUUGUCUCGGCAGAUGUAUUCCUUUUGAUCCAUGGCAAUCUUUCUAUUUUUUUUUCCUUUUAUUUUGUGCUAUUUGGAUUUAUCAGGUGAUUCCAGGAGGGCACACUCCACUUGCCUAGCCUCAGAGCUUCCCUUCCAGCAAGAUACCUUCUCCUUACUUGUUUACAUGGGUGUACUAGACCACUGUGAAGCAAUUAUACCAGCAGUAAUGCAGGUGUUGCAUAUUUCUGUCAUUGCCUUUUGUAAGACAUUGACACUGAAAAGUGGUAGGAGACCCAGAAGGUGCAUUGUUGACCACCAGCCAUAUAACCAAUGUACAUACAGUGCUUCUACAGGGGACCUGCCCUUACUCCUCCCAGCAGCUGGCUGUCUUGGGCAGUUUCAUUCACAAGGCUGGAUUAUAAACCAUCUUGGAUCCCUUCACCAACACUCCAUCAAUCAUACUUCCAUCAGUUUUUAUGCUUUUGUUCAGUUUCAAGCUAGAAGAAAGUUUAAAGGAAUGUGCAAAGACUCCCAAAUAGCGUGAGUAAAUAUCCCACAUUUUUCACAAAAAUUGCAGCAAAGUGAUGGGAUUUACUCUCACAUUGAACAGAAUUAAUAAGAAGUUCUGAUUGGUGUAUUAAAAAGUUAUGAAUAACAGCCUGGGGUGAAAUUUCUGCAAUAAAACAGUUCUCUGCUUUUAAUUUAAAAAUCAGAAAUGUUGAGGUACAUUUUUACCUUCUUUUUGAAGUGACCUGGAACUAAAAUGUGACUCUUCCCCAAUGGGAGAGUUAUUGAUACAGAUCUAAUUUUCACCAGCAUGUCCCAGGUUAGAUCACCCUGAAACUGAUGUUGAGAAUGGGUUUACAGUUCUUUAGAACUCCUAUCCACCUCCAAAUGUAGGUAAUGGGGGGGAUAUGAAACCUUCCUGUGAACCCUGUGCACUUUGCAUGUUGAAAUCCUGGCUUGAAUUCGGGUCUACACCUCAGCUUCUUGCAAAUGUUAAUGUUCGAGUGGAACCAAAACGUUAGAGGCAAUUACAGCAUGAACAUCUCUUCUUGUUUAUGUAUAGCAGUCUGUAAUAAUAACCUGUGUUUAUACAUGUGCUGUUCAAUGUAACAGUUGAGUACAAGAUACCUUUUAACUGUCACAAGAAAAUAACUGGAUCGAUGUCACAUUUUGCUUGUAUGAAUAUAAUUAUUUGCCUUGCAGGGACCAGUUCCACUUUUGUCAUGUUAUUUAUGAUUUAUAAAUACAUUUGUGAUAAAUUAGGCUUGUUUCUAAGGUGAACAAUACUGGAGCCAAGCAGCUGUCUCUGUACAUGUGCAUGUUAUCAUAGCUGAUAUCAAGCUCCAUUCAGACUCCUUGUCUUGCUUGGACUUUUCCUUAACCUUUCCGGCUUAUUCAGGGAAACGUGGACCACUCUAUUUUCUUAUUAAAAAUGUGGCUUUUUGAAAAGCUGAACUUAUUUUUAAAAUCCUUUCUUUUUACAGUUACUGAUUCAGAAAGACUGUAACAGUCAUAUUUUUCUAAACUGCCAAUUGCUUUUGUUGGGAAAUGAUAUACAGAUUUUAUUCUACAGAUUUCCAUGUAGUUUUGAAACUCUUUGUUUUCAUACAUAGCCUUCUAUUUGCUAGAAUUAUCUGAAAAGCUGUAAGCUUCUGUAUACUGACUAUGACAUUGUAUAAAAAUGCAGAUGCAUAAAAAGACUGACUUUAUUUUUGUUUAGAUUGCUAGAGCUAAGUCAUCCUUGGUGUUAUGCCACACAUAAAGAAAUCAGGUCAUUGUUUCAACAAGCUGGACAGUAUUAGGGGACACUUCCUAAAAAGCCUCAACUGAAAGUCAGGAAAAUUCGUCCUGGAAAUGAUGCCAUUUCAGGGCCUGAUUCCAUAGUUUAUUCACACUGUUUAGGCCUUUAUUUCACAAGUAUUUCCAUGAAAUUUCAUGGGAAGUAUUUAAGAGCCUAUGAUGAGUGAACAGUAGUGAUAGAAUAAGGCCCUCUUCUAAUGAAGAAUGGGGCCUUUGAACUAGCUAAGAGGCUAUAUUUUUAGUCUUGAGACAACUUUUUGUCUUCUUUUCUGUGCUGUGGACUCUUCCUACGUAUCCUGGAUUUAUUCCACGGCUGAAACACUAGAUUAAGUUCAUUGAAGCCCCAUUUAUGCAGCUGAACAUCAUAGAAAGUGGUCAUGUAAUAUUGCAGAAAAUGACCUGAUUUAUUCUUUAGAACAAUAAUUGAAGUCAUUCACAACUUUGACUUCUGUGCACCUGUGAAGCAGAGGCCCCAAAGUGUUGCUUUUUGUCUUGGCUGUGGUGUAACACAGAAGGGUUUCUGCUCUCUGCCUGGAAAAUACUGUCUAUUUCUCAACCUCAUCAGAAGCAUAAUAUUUUCUCAAGUAAAAAAAAAAAUCUGAUUCUGCAAGACUCAUUGGAGGGUUAAGGGGCAGCUGGGACCUUCUGUGAUCAGACCACAUUAUUCCAAAAGCUCAUCUCUCAAUGACAAAUAAAAUAUGACAUGGCUUUGCUGUUUGCAAGUAGAAUGAAGAGACUGGAAAUUCAUCAGCACAAGGCCUGUUGUGUGACUGUUCUUUGCUGCUCCACUGUUGCCAAUGAGCCAUGCUGAAUCGGAUUAUAAAAUCAGUAUUUUAUUGCAUGUGUCCUUUUUUUUGUACUGAAAAUAUAGUUGUAUUUGAAGUUGCCAUUAUAAUAUAGUAAAUAAACAUACAUAUAUUUCUUUUUAAA